UACUUUCUUUAUGAUGAUCAGUCCAUUGAAUAUUACUCUAUGGGCCAGGCAAGGGCGACUUCGAACAGUCGAAGAAAAACGAAGAUAGUUUGUACAAUUGGUCCCUCCACAAGUACAGAUAAAGACUGGGAAGAUAUCAAGUUUGGAGUGGACAACCAAGUCGAUUUCUAUGCUGUCUCUUUUGUAAAAGAUGCUAGAGUGGUUCAUGAGUUGAAAGAUUAUCUUAAAAGUUGCAUUGCAGACAUUCACAUGAUUGUAAAAAUUGAAAGUGCAGACUCUAUCCCAAAUCUUCAUUCAAUUAUUCCCGCAUCUGAUGGGGCAAUGGUUGCUUGUGGGGACCUUGGAGCUGAACUUCCGAUUGAGGAUGUUCCUCUGUUAAAGGUAAGACAUGGAAUUUAGUUAUCGUUUUUAUUACUUCUAUAUCAUGCACGUUGUAGAGAAAGUUGAUGACAUUUAUACUUGAGAGUAUUAAAGGAUUUUGAAAUAUUGUGGUUUCGAUAUUUUUUUCAAGUAAUAUUAUUUCUGUUUGGAAUCUCUUUUCCUGGUGGAAUAUUGAGGACUCCUUUUCACUUGCUGUGAACACUACUUGAUAAAGUAUUAGUUGCUGAUUAAUGCAUAAUAAGACAAGCUUUGACUUUUAUGCAUCAAUUCUUGGACCAAGUUGGGGAAAAUCAAAUCCAUCCACAUUUU